AUGACAACCGGCGACACCGGUGGAGCUAGUGGGAAACCGACGAGCCGCAUGAGACCUAUGAUGUCGUUGGAACCAAUCACCACUCCCAUCUUCACACCAGUUACCGAUGAAGCACCACAACAAGAUGGCUCAACAAUAACUGCUGCUCCAAUGAGCAAAUUAUGGAGGCCGAUUGCUGAAGGGUCGACGUCCUCUGCCACCGUGUUGACACAAAACGCCUCCACACAAAACCACCAACUAACGACGAUCUCAAGUAGCACGACACCACCAACGGUGGACAAUGUCAGCGGCAUACCGGUUCUCCUACAAGCACCGCCGCAAAACCAGACGACGAGAUAA